UGGAGAAACAGGCGUCAGGGGGAUUGGAGGAAGGGAAGAAGGCUCAAGGCUCUUCUUCCGUCUCUGUCCGAUCACAUCUGAGAUAACGAAGCCGGCCAAGGCCCCGUCUCACCAUGGCCGACUCCGAAGACAAGGAGCAAUUUGUGGCUACAGUAUCGGAGGAUCAUGAGACGACUUGUUGGGGCUGCGGUUUACGCCUAAUUCUUCCAUCCAAUGCACCUGUGUUCAAGUGUGGUUGGUGUGGAGCAGUGACGAACCAAAACGAUAAAAAGCGUGAAAACAAAUGGUUCUGGUGGAAACGCCUGAGAGACCGAUGCUUCGUAUUUGUCCUUCUUGGCUUCAUGCUCUUAGUAAUAGGUGGUGGCCUGUGGGCUGUGCUUCCAAUUCUUUUCGACAACAGCCUAUUUGCUGGCGUUCUUCACUCGUUUAUAGCUGCUGUCUUGUCUCUGAGCACUCUUUCGACAUUCGCCCUUGCUUCCUUUGGGUGUGCUGGCACACCACCUAUCAUACAGUGGGGGAGCUAUCCAGUUGUUGGGAAAGGUCACCUUGAGAACUAUACCUUCUGUCAUGAUUGUUUAAAGCCCAAAUCACCGAGGAGUCAUCAUUGUCGCUCUUGUGGAUUCUGUAUCCUAGACAUGGAUCAUCACUGCCCUUUUAUAGGAAACUGCGUUGGUGCAGCAAAUCACCGGCACUUCAUCUUGUUCCUCAUCUCAGCAGUGGCCAGCAUGUUAUACGUUGCAUUCAUGUCAGCUUAUGUAGGUUCCCAGAUUUGGCCGCCAUUAACAUACCGACAACCCCUAGAUCCAUUGAGUGGGAUAAACAGUGAUGUAGCUUGGAGAACAUUGACAGAGAGUUUCCUAGCCCUGCUGAACUCAGCUUUGCUUCUGACAGCAAGAGGGCUUGUUCUGGUGUAUCUCUUCUUUGCCGGUAUAUCAGUGCAGAUAGGGCUUAGUGUGCUUCUCUGGCAGCAGCUGUCUUACAUAUACGAAGGGAAGACUUAUCUAAGCCAUUUAAGCGCUCAAAGGACUGCUACGGACGAGGUUGUCGAGAAAGACUGCAAGAACAUUCUGCUGUUCUUCGGAUGCCCGUAUUCGGUGUCAAGAUUGUUGCCCACUGUGAGGGAUUCUCAGAAGCGGCACAGGAAAUGAAUGCUGAUUGUGGUCAUUUCUACAACCAGUGAUCCCUCAUCGAAGUCGAGAUAAAUCCUGACCAUCACAACCGCCGGCUUAACCAUGACAGAAACAGAUACGACACUGUUUGUUUUUCUUUCUUUUUGGGGCAAGGAUUUCUCAUCCUCGUUUUGUGUUUGUUUCCCACGUCUCCUCACACUUGUAUAAUGUAUGAUAUACAGAAAAUUGCUGAGAAAAAAGGCAAAAGAAAAAGAAGGGUACUCACAUUUAGGGCCCUGAAUUUUCUUAAAUUAUACAAAGUUCUCUUUUGUCAAAUCACUCUGAAGAACGAGAACAGAGCUCUGCAUUGCUAACAGUCUAAAAGUGGUGCCAUCAAAGUGAAGAAUAGAUAGUCAAGGUUAAUGGAACAUCGUUUUUACUUGAGAAAUUCUCACUGUCAGUGGGGCAAGGACCCGCCAUGAAAAUCGAACUCUCAGGGUUUGAAGCUCACGGUUUAUCCAAACAAGAUCUUGACUUUCAACUCGAUCGCCGGACUCUGAGCUACGCUUCUGAAGUCUCCCCGCCACCAGAACGCCUGCCGGCUGGCUGACUGGAAUUACCUUUCUUUCCCCCUUAUCCCGUAUAAGGAGAGUGCUUUUGUGCAUAUGGUUAAUUGUUGAUGAUACAAAGAGGAACAAACAAUUGCAGAACGAAGCAACAGAGGAUUAUAUAUGAAGAAGAAAGCAAAACACAAAGAAGUAGUAUCCAGGUCAAAUGAAAGCCGCGACUGCAGAAUCUCGGGAUCUCCGGCGUCUGUGAAAUGAAAUGACGCAACAGACGACAGCUCUGGUGAAGCAGGAGACGGCAGAGCGCACUGCUUCAAAAAUGGCGGCGAAUCGGAGCUCCUGAAGCCCCCACAGGGUCCCGAAGAACAAACCCAUGUGGUGAACCGUCACCGCGAGCAGCACUAUCGGCAUCUUUUGCAGAACGAAGGGAGCUCGAGGAAUUAAAAGGGUAUGGAAGUUGAACGGUACUGAUCCGAUCGGCCCUUGGGGUUUCUGGUCCCGAUUUGAAAGAAGUAGGGAUUGGGGUUUGAUUCUUUUGAUUGGAAUUGGUUCCUAUUUGUGUGUUUAAGAAUUAUUCCCCUUUUUCCCCAAUAUAAAAGGGAAAGAAUGUUUCCAUUGGUUCUUCGUCUAGCACUCUAACGACCUUUAGUAGCGAGUCUUCUCUCUCUCUCUCCCUCCCUCUCACCGGCAAAAAUGGGGAUCCAGAACCACAGUCCGGCGGCGGUGGCGACGCUGAUCUUCACAUACGGCACUCUGAAGAAGGGAUUCUCCAAUCAUGGCCUAAUGCAAGAUCUGAUGCGCACAGACGACGCGGCCUUCCGAUGCAAUUGCCGCACCCUCGAACCCUACCCUCUCGUCUGCGGGCCCUACCGCGUGCCAUUCCUUCUCAACCUCCCCCGCGCCGCCGGCUCCGACCGAGUCUCCGGCGAGCUGUACGCUGUCUCCGCCCGAGGACUCGCCCGCCUGGACGAGCUAGAGGGUACGGCUCGCGGCCACUACGAGCGGCUGCCGAUCAGAGUGGACCCCAUUGACGGCGGAGGAGGAGAGGAAACCACCGCGUGUGUGGUGGAGGCGUAUUUUGCGGAGAGAAGCUACGCGGCGGAGAUGUGGGAGAGGUGCGGGAAGAGAGGGUAUUGGGUGUACGGCGAGAAAGAGGCGAGGGGUUAUGUGAGUAGGAAGGAUCGGCCUCAGAAUCUGAGCUUUCUGGAGCAGAUUCAGCUGUUCGUGUCUUCUUCUUCUUCCAGUUCUCCCGACGACGGCGAACUCUGACCGGCCGGGAAUCUUGUAGGUAGAUAGACCUGUACGAAUUAAAAAAUUAGUUUCGCGAUUCCCACUCCGCGUUGUUGAUCUGAUUGGUCUUGAAAUCUGUAUUUAUUGGACGUGUUUGGUUUUGUUGGGAUGAAUAGCCUUUGAGAAACUAUAAAUGAAAUUUCUAAUUAAUUAUUUCGUAUUUUUGCCGUGGAAAUAAGAUGGAUAAUUAA